ACUCGAGAAACUUUCGUAAUUUCUCUAUUGGUAUAGAGACCUCUAAUACUCUCCACAUCUCCACACAGCCCACAUGUGCCACAGGAUAUACCGUACAGAUUAUAGGGACGACUUCGUGUCGUAGCAGCGUCGACUUUCUUUAGCGCCCGAAAGACCCGCCACUACCGCAUACGUAUGGGAUAAUCUGUCUCCCGUACACUCCGAAGCCUUAAGGCGAAGCGACAUGGCUGCCAUAUUAUCUGAGCCAGCUGCAGCCCAGCUACGUGCGCAGCUUCAGAAUGCUGUCAUUCAGUGCUCUGACCGUUGUCUAUCUCAGUCAGCCAAGUGGGCGGCAGAAAUACUCAACUCGUUUCAAGAGACUACCCUCGUAGAUGGCUCAGAGACUGAACCCGAUUCGUCAAUGUCAGACGCAUCUCCAAGUGAUGAAGAUGUCUUCAUACUGCAUGACCCAAUUGAAGUCGCGCUGGAAAAAAAAGAGCUUCCGAGGUACCUCUUGGCGAAGGCCUACUUUGAUUGUCGUGAAUUCGAUCGAUGUGCAGCAAUCUUCUUACCGGCGAAUGUAGCCAAAGGUCCGAUCAGAACAUCAUCCCCGAUACACCCUCAGAGCAUAGGGAAGGGCAAAAGGAAAGCUACCAUGCCUACGGAGAAACGCUCGAUUGCAGUAUCAUUGGUUGGUAUAAGCCAGAAGGCGCUGUUCCUCUCAUUGUAUGCCAAAUAUAUGUCGGGGGAGAAAAGGAAAGAUGAGGAAAGCGAGAUGAUUCUUGGUCCAGCGGACGGGGGGGUGACGGUGAACAAGGAGCUCAACGAUGUUUCUAAGAUCCUCGAGGAUUGGUUUUCUUACAGAAAUACAGCUGGGGGCAUGGAUUCAAACGGUGGAGGCUGGCUUGAGUACCUGUACGGAAUUGUACUUGCCAAGAACAAGAAUGAACGACUGGCAAAGAAAUGGCUUCUUGAAAGCGUGCGUGUAUAUCCGUACAACUGGGGGGCCUGGGUGGAACUGUCAUCUUUACUUGCUACGAGCGACGAGCUCUCGGCAGUGAUCGAGCAAGUCCCACCGAAUAUUAUGGCUUUUAUCUUCCACAUAUAUUCCAGCCAGGAACUGUAUCAGUCAACGGACCGAGUUCACGCCAAUCUAAAUGAGAUUGAGUCUAUCUUCCCAACAAGCUCGUUCUUAAAGACCCAGCGUGCUCUAUUGUAUUACCAUUCAAAGGAUUUCGAAGAGGCUGAAUCCAUUUUCUCCGAUCUGUUACAGACAGAUCCCUACCGGAUUGACUCGCUUGAUAAUUACUCAAACAUUCUGUACGUGCUUGACCUCAAGCCCAAACUGGCAUUUCUGGCACAACUGGCUACUGCCACAGAUAAGUUUAGGCCAGAAACAUGCUGCGUGGUCGGCAAUUACUUCAGUCUAAAGUCAGAGCACGAAAAGGCCGUGAUGUACUUUCGACGUGCACUGAUGCUCGACCGAAAUUUCCUGUCCGCAUGGACUUUGAUGGGACACGAGUACGUAGAAAUGAAGAACACCCAUGCGGCCAUAGAGUCCUACCGGAGAGCUGUUGAUGUGAAUCGUAAAGACUACCGAGCAUGGUAUGGCCUGGGCCAGACAUACGAAGUGCUCGAAAUGCAUAGCUACGCAUUAUUCUAUUACCAACGCGCAGCAAGCCUCCGGCCUUACGACCCCAAAAUGUGGAUGGCCGUAGGUCAAAGCUUUGGCCGAGUCGGCAAGUGUGCCAACGGUAUCCGAUCGUACAAGCGAGCCCUUGUUGCUGGUAGCUACUAUGAUACGGGGGCGGGAAGUGGUUUUGGAAACCAGGAUGGACUUGGGGCUGGUAUACUCGACCCAGAAGUUCUGUACCAAAUUGCGCUAUUGUAUGAGCGAUCACAGGAUAACGAGGAAUGCGCGGCGUACAUGGAGCUGACAUUGGCACAAGAAGAGGGCCCGGAAGAUCAAGACACGAGCGAUACUACAGUAGAAAGUAUCGGUGUGGGCGUAACGCCGACAACAAGCAAAGCGAGGAUGUGGCUGGCGAAGUGGGAAUACUCCCAAGGCGGUUUUCAGAGAUCUAUGGAACUUGCGAACGAGCUAUGCCAGGAUGGAGUCGAAGUCGAGGAUGCCAAAGCACUGGUUCGAGAUAUCAGAGCAAGAGUAGAAAAGGGAUACGGCGGCCAGGGUAUGAAGAAGCAAGUUGAUGCUGUAGAGAAACGCUAUGUGCGAAGCACUUGACAUGUACGAGACCCUUUAUAAGCUACCGCACAUACCUAUGGAAUACAAUAAACUCAUCAGACGGGUUGUCACCAUGAGAUUCCUGC